AUGAGCAGUCUCGCCACGUGCUCGGAUGUCAUCCGGUUGUGGGACACGGGCGGCGGAGGGGGGGGGGGGCUGGAGCUGAAAAAGACGACCAACGUCGCGGCGGCGGCGACGAAUUCCUGCUGCUGGAACCACAACGGGCAAGUCGUAGCCACGGCGGGAGACAAUGGCUCCAUCACCGUGCUCAAGCUCAGCGGCUCCAUAGUGCCAGCGGGAGUUCUCAGCGCGCACGAGAAAGCAAUUCGGGGAAUCACCUUCAGCUCCAAGUCGCGAAAGUUGGCAGCGGGAGGUGACGCGGGAGUCGUCGAGGUCUGGGACCUGAAGCGCAACAACAGCAGGGUCACCAUGCGGGGGCACCGCGGACCGGUGACGUGCGUCUCCUUCUUCGACCGCGACUCUUGCGUGGCGGCGGGGGACGAGCGGGGGAAGGUCAUCCUGCACCGAGUCGCGGACGCGCCUUCCGACGACGAGGCGUCGGCAACCUUGCCCCCGGCGGGAGGGUACUCGAGCGUUACCGGGCUGUCCAUGGCCUCCGCCGCCGCCGGCCCCGCAAUGUUGGGGGUUUCCUAUGCGGAUGGCACUGUUCGCCUGUGGGACACGGGGAGUAGGGCGUGCGUGCGGGAGAUGCAAACGCAGCACCGCGGAGCCGCCGCUGGCAUAGUGUUCCACCCGCAAAAUCCCAACCUAGUGGCGACGGCGGGCCACGACGGUGUUGUUCGUUGCACGGACGUGAGGGUCGGAGAGCGGAAGGAUGGUGGAGGCGGCGAUGGGGUGUUGAAGUCGAUUCAGACAGACGCCCCGCUGACGUGCGUGUCGUUCCAUCACGAGGGCCUUGCGCUAGCCGCGGGAGCCUCAGACGGCACCGUCCGGCUCGUCGACUUACGCACCGCUCGCGAGGCGAUAAAUUCGGCACGGCCAACGCGAGUGUCGAACGGCGGUGGAGGAGGCGUUGACGGGGGGGGGCGGGGUUAUUUCGGCGAGGGGUCUGGCGGCGGCGGCGGCGAGCGGCGGCGGCCAUUGACGACGACACCGGCGGUGGCGACGGAGGUUGCCGGUGUCGGGAACCCGGCGGGGAAGGCGGCGGCGGCGGUGGCGGAGGCGACGCCGUACUUCUCCGUGGGGUCACACGGCGGACCAAUCCAGCAGCAGCAGCAUCACCACCACCAGCCGGCCGCGGAAAACACGAGCAGUAGCAAAGGCAACGGCGACAGUGCCCCCGGCGCCGGCGCCAACGCCGUUGGAGCCGGAGCUCCAGCGGCUUUGGCAUCGUCUUCUCGGCAGCGGCAUCAAGACCCGUACGGGGUCCCAAACGAAGCGCCCGCGGGGGUGGGUGGGGGUGGGGCACCGCGGUAUGGUAACCAGAGCGUCGCCACCCCCCCGCAGGAGAAGAAGGAGGCACGUUGGGGGGGUGACGAUGAUCACCGCGGCAGCAGCAACGGUGCUCCGGCGCCGCGCGCGCAAGACUACGUUGAUUCUGCUGCGGCGGUAGCGGCGGCGGUUGUCCCAGCAGGGAGGCCUUGGCCCAACAGCAGCAGUCCCGAGCGCGUGGCGGCGGGUUUUGAUCGACGGAGGCGGGAAAAUGGCGGCAGUCUUGGUGUUGCCGGCGGUGGGAUGACUACGGGCGAGGGAGACGAGUGGGACGUCCAGCCUCCUACAACGGCCUACGGCAACAAGAGCGGCGGCGAGUAUGACAGGGCGACGGUCUUGUCGACCCCGGACUCGAGGGGGGCGCGGGUGGACGCGGGGGGCGGAGGCGGUAGCGGCCGCGGGACUCGCAUGAACGGUGACAGCAGAGCAGGGAGUGGUGUGUUUUCGUCUCCUUCGGGGGCCCCGAGAAAACCGGCGAUGCACUCCGGUGGUCCAUCUACAGCUGGGGGAGUGGGGCGGACAGGGGCGGCGGUGGUAGCAGGGGAUGGAGAGGCGAUCGUGCGGCGAGAGCCAAGGGGGGAGGAGGAAGGUGCUGCGCCGACGGCUGGUGGUGGGCAAGUGGUUUCGCUGGAUAGGUCGGUGCUGGAGCAGGUGUUGUCAAACCACGUGUCGGGGCUGCGAGAGGAACUGCGGCAAGAGCUACGCAAUCUUCACGUGGACAUGCUCCGUCAGUUUCACUCUCUCCAGGACGAACAAUCGACGGCUCUGUCCGGGUUCGAGGAACGCUUGGGGGGGCUCGUGGCGGAGAACCAGGCCUUACGGGCGGAAAACGAUAGACUCAGACGGGUGUAUUAA